GAGGUCGAGCUGUGUUAUUGCCGACAUUUCCCAGAAUUCCUAACGCACGCAAACUCGCGUCGCGUCUCAUUCGGCACGUAAACACGGCAACAGGAAGCAGCUCAGAGAAAAUGAACAUUUCUAGCAGAUAGUAUGGAGAGGUAACGUGUCAUCAGAGUGUCAACGAAAGCAGGGCAGCGUGCCGUGAUCAGCCAAUAGGAAAGCAGCAGGACGAUGACGGAGUGCUUUUUGCCACCCAAUAGCAGCCCUGCAGAGCAGCGGCGAGGGGCGGAACAUCAGAGCGGCGUGCCUCGGACCCCUAGCUCAGAGGAGAUCAGCCCCACUAAAUUCCCAGGGCUGUACCGCACCGGCGAGCCGUCACCACCACAUGACGGACACCACCAUGAGCCACCUGAUGCUGUCUCUGAUGAUGAUAAGGAGCACGGCAAGAAGAAGAACAAGUUCAAGAAAAAGGAGAAACGAACUGAGGGCUACGCCGCCUUCCAGGAGGAUAGCUCGGCUGACGAGGCCGAGAGCCCGUCCAAGAUGAAGCGAUCCAAAGGCAUCCACGUGUUCAAGAAGCCUAGCUUCUCCAAGAAGAAGGAAAAAGACUUUAAAGUGAAGGAAAAAGGCCCCAAAGAGGAGAAGGCCAAGGACAAGAAGUCCAAGGACUUGACUGCAGCCGAUGUGGUCAAGCAGUGGAAGGAGAAGAAGAAGAAGAAAAAGCCAAGCACUGCAGAACCAGAGCCUGUCCCAGUGGAGACUCCAGCCACAGUCAGACCCAUUUUCGGUGCGCCGUUAGCUGAAGCAGUGAGGAGAACAGCGCUGUACGAUGGAAUACAGCUGCCGGCCAUUUUCAGAGAGUGUAUUGACUACAUUGAGAACUAUGGCAUGAAGUGUGAAGGCAUCUACCGUGUCUCCGGAAUGAAGUCAAAAGUGGACGAGCUGAAGGCGGCGUACGAUCGGGAGGAGUGCCCGUGCCUGGAGGAGUACGAGCCACACACUGUGGCUAGCCUAAUGAAGCAAUACCUGCGAGAGCUGCCUGACAACCUCCUAGGUCGAGAUCUGGCACCGCGAUUCGAGGAUGCUUGCGGCCGCUCCAGCGAAGCAGAGAAGCUGCACGAGUUCCAGCGGCUGCUGGCUGAGGUUCCUGAGAGAAGCAGGCUACUCUUAUCAUGGCUCAUCACUCAUAUGGACCAUGUGAUCGCCCGGGAGGCAGACACCAAGAUGAACAUCCAGAACAUCUCUAUUGUGCUCAAUCCCACUGUACAGAUAGGGAACCGGGUCCUGUAUGUCUUCUUCACCCAUGUGCGUGAGCUAUUCGGUGACGUUGUUCUGAAACAAGUGGUGCAUCCUCUGCGCUGGUCCAACGUAGCCACCAUGCCAGCCUUGCCUGACACUCAGGAGAGUAUUAAGGAGGAGAUCCGGAGACAGGAGUUCCUUCUGAACCGCCUGCAUAGAGACUUGCAGGCUGGGAUAAAGGACCUGUCUAAAGAGGAACGCCUGUGGGAGGUUCAGCGUAUCCUCACUGCUCUCAAACGCAAGCUGCGUGAAGCCAAAAGACAGGAGUGUGAGAGUAAGAUAGCACAAGAGAUCGCCAGCCUGUCUAAAGAAGACGUGUCCAAAGAGGAGAUGUCUGAGAACGAAGAGGAGGUUCUUAACAUUCUCCUGGCUCAGGAGAACGAGAUACUGACUGAGCAGGAGGAGCUGAUCGCUUUGGAGCAGGUCCUGCGCAGGCAGAUCGCCACGGAGAAAGAGGAGAUCGAACGACUACGUGCUGAGAUCGCUGAUAUACAGAGCCGUCAGCAGGGCCGAAGUGAAACAGAAGAGUAUUCCUCAGACAGUGAGAGUGAGAGCGAGGAUGAAGAGGAGCUGCAAAUUAUUCUGGAAGACCUACAGAAGCAGAAUGAAGAGCUGGAGAAUAAGAACACUCAUCUGAACCAGGCCAUCCAUGAGGAGCAAGAAGCUAUUUUGGAGCUCCGUGUUCAGCUCCGUCUCCUUCAGAGCCAAAAGCUGCAGCAGGAGCACACAGCUCCUCCCACAACAGAGCAGGCCACACCCACACAGCCCAGCCCAGAGGAGCGGUCCAGAGCCGAAGAGCCGAUCAAACGCAACGUACCCGUUUCCAUGGCACCCCCAAGUGAUGCCAGCAUUGCCGCUUCCACAACUCCAGCCAAUGGGAAGCCGGGAAAGGACGGUUUAAAAGCUUCUCCUAGUAAAACAUACACUGUUAAUCAAAAUCCACCAAUAUAGAAGAACAAACACGUGAUUGGUGUCUCUUGUAUUGUGGCAAGUGAGGUGACGUUUUAAAGAUCCAAUAACUCACAGGUUUGAACACUCGGACCACAACUGUGAUUAAAAAAAAUGUAGCUGAAGGUGAAGGGAUUAAAGUGCGGAGGAGGUGUCAUGGUUUUUUUUUUGUGUGUGAAAAACUAAAUGAAAAUAUAUCUAAAAUUCUAUCUGUAAUGAAAAGUGUAAAUUUUCAGUGUAAAUUUGGUUAGGAUUUAAUUUUACUGUUGUU